AUGGGUAUCAAAUUUUUUUUGUGUCUGGGAUUUUUAUUAUGUGCACCACUCACACAAGGAUUUUUUCUACCGACUUCCAUGAGAAAGCAACCUGAUUGUGUUCGCAGGGCACCCCACACAACGGCAACAUUCAACGGUCAACAGUGGAUACCGAAUCCUUUAAACAGUGGAGGUAAUCCAGGAUAUAGUAAUUAUAAAGAUUACGGUCAACAACAACAGUAUCAACAACAAGUUCAACAGCAACAAGUUCAACAACAGCAGCAGCAGCAGCAGCAACCUCAAGCUCAACUUCAUCAGCAACAGCAACAACAACAAUUUCAACAAAAUCCACAACAAUACGAUAAUGGACAAAACGUUCAAAUACAAGGAGGACCUAAAUACGAUUCGUUAACUUAUCAAGUUUCGAGUCAGCAACAACAACAGCAACAGCUACCAUACGAAGGGGGUGGUGGUGGUGGUGGCGGCGGCGGCGGUUACGGAUCAUACGCUCAGCACAACGUGCAAUUAGUGCCAUGUCUUUGUCCGGUCAAUAAGGAAAUGAUAGAAAAACAAGCACAACAAUUUCAACAGCAUUCAUCCGUACAAAUCUCACCGACAUCUCCGCCAUUUCAAAUGGAUAAUAAUAACGGUGGUGGCGUCGGUGGUGUUCAAACCGUUACGGGUGGUGGAAAUUCGAAAAAAAAUUCAUGA